AUGGUAGGAACAGGAAUCAGCCCCGCUGCCAUUGUUAGCCAUCACAAAGCUUUUAGAGCAGUGUUAGAUUGGAAGAAAGAUUCACUUAAAGUCCUCCGCGACUACUUGAUCAGGCGGCAACGCGCCGGUCUGGCUCAUGUCGACGUGCACGGCAACACGAUUAUCCAUUUUCUGGCCAUCGACGGCAAUGCAUCGGCUUUCAACCGACUCUUUGAAGACGGCAUGUUGACCAGCGAAAUGCUGAAGAAAGGGAACUUGAGAGGCGACACGACCUUGCACGAAGCCGCCAGGUUUGGGCGAUGCAAUGUCGUAGAAAUCAUGUUGGAGAAGGAUGAAGGCUUGGCUUUGGAACGCAAUAGUUUGGGCGAGACGCCGCUUUACGUUGCCGUUGCAUCAGGGGAGAAAGAUGUGUACGAUUUCGUGAAGGGGAAACUAAACAAGGACAACGGUACAGAAAAGUGCUUAGAGGUUGGUUGUUCUAGCUUAAUUUUUUCCUUUUACUUAAGAUUGCUAGCCAAAAGAUUAAUUGGAGAUGAAGAAGAUUGGAGCCGUUACACUUACGGUGAAAGAACAAUGGAACCAUGUAAAGAUCAUGGGCAAAUGAAUGAUUCAGUUUCUCUACAACGGCUUAAUUUGGAUUCUACAAUUGAUUCACCCAAAAAUAAUGGAAUGAGAAAUCCGCUAUUUCAGGCGGUAGAAAACAGCAUUCAAGAGUUGGUAGGGGAAAUACUAGAAAAAUUCCCAGAUGCAGCCUAUACAGUGGACAAGAAUGGAAAGAACAUAUUGCAUAUAGCAGUGGAGAAGAAAGAUAAAAGACUCUAUGACUACUUGAAGACAAAAGUUCGCAAGGAUGUGAUGCUAACAGCAAUGGACAACCAGGGAAACACCAUUCUGCAUCUUGCAACAAAACAAGGAAAUAGUCCUAGAAUUGUUCUUGGACAUAUGAACCAGAUGGCAUGGGACGUAUUCUGGUUUAAGGUUCCCAGCUAA